AAAAAACUCAACGCAACCAACUCACAGAGAUGCAGUGCUUAAGUUUCUAAACAUCACAACGGAUUUCCCUGCACUUUUCAUCACGAAGUUUGCGGAAACCAUCAAAGGACUUUAAACAUAAUUGUUUCAGGAUCUACACCAUUUCAGAAUCAUGCCACGAUCGUUUUUGGUGAAAAGUAAAAAGUCCUACAAUGUGCACCGACCCAUCGACACGGAGCAAAGUGAACAGAAAGUCCCGGACCCAGCACCCAAAACAAUCCCAGCGCUGGUCCCUUUGGAACCAAAGGAACGCAAUUCCCCAGAGCGGCCCCAGGUAGAUUCCCUCACUCGACCUUCCCACAGAGACCCGUAUGACUUCAUCAAGUGUGAGCGAGAGCCCGACUGCCCAGUACCAUCUCUACCUGAGCUGUCCGUCACAACCAGACGGCCGUUUUACUUAUCUGAGCCUCAGUUGGCAGAGUUUCCUUCCUACUACAAGAGCUCUUAUGCCUGGGAUCACGUUCCCACUACAUAUGACUUCAGGCAGAUGGGCUUCCCUCCAUCGCUCCUGCAGCACGCCAGCAGCCUGUACGGAGCUCAUCUGAAGCAGAGCUCGGAGACUCCACAGCCACUGGACUGCAGCACACACUACUCACCUACGUCUAACACCUACCACUGCAUUACCUGUGAUAAGGUGUUUUCCACCCCUCAUGGACUAGAGGUUCACGUCAGGCGUUCUCACAGUGGCACACGUCCCUUUGGAUGCAGCAUCUGCAGAAAAAGCUUUGGCCACGCAGUUAGCUUAGAGCAACACAUGAACGUCCACUCUCAGGAAAGAAGUUUCGAGUGCAAGAUGUGCGGAAAGACCUUCAAACGCUCCUCAACGCUGUCCACUCACCUGCUGAUCCACUCGGACACACGGCCGUACCCCUGCCAGUACUGCGGAAAGAGAUUCCACCAGAAAUCCGAUAUGAAGAAACACACCUACAUCCACACAGGUGAGAAACCUCACAAAUGCCAGGUGUGUGGCAAGGCCUUCAGCCAGAGCUCCAACCUCAUCACACACAGUCGCAAACACACCGGAUUCAAGCCGUUCGGCUGCGAGAUCUGUUCCAAAGGCUUCCAGAGGAAGGUAGAUCUUCGCAGACACCACGAGAGCCAGCACAGCCUUAAAUAACGGAGGUUGCACAUGGCGUGGCGGACAGCGGGGAGGAAAUGAAGACCACCAAUGGCUGUUGCUUGAAAAAAAAGACUCAUGUUAAAGGGAUAGUUCACUCAAAAAAUGUACUAGCCUACAUUUAAGAAUAAUAAAAAUGACAAAAGCAGACAACAAAUUUCCUUUAGCUAAAAUCACUUGCUCACCCUCAUGUUGUUUCAAACCUGGAGGAAUUUCUUUCUUCUGUUGAACACAAAAGAAGAUAUUUUAAAGAAUGUUGGUAAU